AUGUUUAGUAAAUACAUCGUAAUUGCUUCUUCCGUCUUUGCGGCUUUGACCUCUGCGGCAUCUACGGUCGAUUUAGAUGCCCUGCUUCUGCUACCAGGGGUGGAGUCGCACGACGGCGUUAAUACUGUAUUUUCGACUAAAGACUUUUAUCAAGUGUCAUUCGUCGAAUCGAUUGCUCCUGCUAUCGUAAACAGCUCCGUGAUCUUCCAUGAUGUGUCUCGUCGUGUGGCCAUAGGCAAUGUCAAGAGUAGAGCAGGCGCCUUGGAUUCAGAGGAAACGUAUUAUGAUUGGGAACAGUACCAAGUGGUGAAUAGCGGCGAUUGGCAAACCGAAUAUACUCCCGUCUCUGAAUGCAUUUGGAGAGAGGAGAAGGACAAGAGCGACGAAACACCGGACAGAUUUCCUAUCUCAGUGCCAUAUAAUUGGACGUCACAGUACUCAAUUGUCGACUAUGACACAGACGCUAAUGAAGAUGGUUUAGAUUUUAGGUUUAUUAAAUCGUUGCUAGAUAAGAGAAACUGGUUGAAAAAAAUUGACGAGACUGUCUCCCAAUCUAGUAUCAUGGUAGCACCAAUGAUUAAGCCAUACGACGUGGUCCAGCUUUGGUAUUCAAAAUACAUGGUUUGGGCAAACGUUCAAAGACAAUACUGUAGCGGUAUUUACCCAAGAGGGACUCAAUGUGGCGCUUGGUCCAGGUAUUACCAUGUGGAUGCUCCUACGUGCGAUGAACCUAUUGCGUCUUACAUGACGAAAAUGCUGGAAGAUGAGGUUCAAUGUCCUAAUGAGAGAAACGCAACUACCUCAGAACCUCUUCGCCUGAAUAAUGAGGGAGGGCCUGAUUUCUUUUUGGCUGUCGAGGAAGAGGAAGAGAAAGGAUCAAAAUCUCUCUGGAGUUCAUUAAAGGAAGUCUUUUCCAAAAGAAGUUAA